AACAACACUUUUCAUAUUCUUAUUUUUUAGUUACAUUACAUUAAAAUCCCAAAUUUUUAAUAUAUACAAAAAUGUAAUAGUUUACCAACACUUACAAUAAAUAUAUGCAUGCAGAGUCGUACUCAUACACAACAUGGGAAAAGCUCAAUGCUGUGUAAAUCGGAAGAAGUUAACAAUUCUUGGAUUAAACAGCUUAUUUGCAAAACUGUCUUCAUUUUUACUAAAGCAAUCACCUCAUAUCAACAGACUCGCUUUGUACGAUGAAGAUGAUGUAGGCUUCCCUUGUGAUAUCUCAAAUAUUAACACUCAGUGUAAAAUAAGGGCUUACAUUGGUCAAGAUCAGUUACAAUGUGCUGUCAAGAAUUCCGAUGUGGUUUUGAUCGGGGACCAGGAAGAUAUCACAUCACUUGUUCCCCAUCACAAAAGAAACUUGCACAAGGAGAGUAGCAAGUUGCAUGAAUAUGCCUGUGCGAUUGCUGAAAAUGCGCCUCAAGCCGUAGUCCUUGUCGCUAUAUCCCCUGUCAAUUGUCUUUUGCCUCUUGUGAGUGAGUAUUUGAUUAAUUUGGGUGUCUAUGAUUGCAACAAAGUCCUGGGCGUGACAGCGGUUGAUAAUGUCAGAGCAAACAAACUUGCAGCUAACUUUCUCAACAUGGAUCCGAGAAAAGUCAUCCUCCCUGUCAUUGGUGGCUCCUCGCCAGACACGAGAGUCCCAGUAUUUUCACAGGCGAGGCCUACUCUAAACCUCACGAAGAAAAAUUGGCUUUCAAUGACAUGGGAUAUCAAAAAUUCUGAGACACUGAUUCACAGGACGAGAGGGCAAGCUGAAUCUGUGAAUAAGGCAUAUGCAACAGUAAGAUUCGUCCACUCGGUAUUAGCUGGUUUGAGAGGAGAGCCAAAUAUUGCAGAAAUACUUUUGGCCAAAACGAUUUUAGUGCCUGAAACUUCUUACUUCGCCCUUCCUGUCAUUCUAGGCCCACAGGGUAUAAAGUAUAGAUUCAAUCUCCCGGUGCUGACCCAGAGUGAGACACUGCUGGUCGAGCACGCUGCAAAAUGCAUUAACAGGGAUGUAGAGAAUGGACUCAAAUAUUUGGACACCAAAUAUUUCCCUGAUGAUACGAUUUGUGAUGCAAAAAGUCUUGUCGGCACUUUAAUAAAGAAACUAUGCAGCAACGGAAACAACGAGGAUGUUUCUAAGAAGCCAGAGUAUUUGCUAAUGACAAACAAACAGACUGUGGACUUGAAUCCUGAGUUUAAACCGUCUGAAACCCCUGUAGCAAUGCCAUUUGUAGAAAAUGAAAACUGUGCAAUUUGUAAUAAAGGCUGUACUCCAUUAAUUCUACCUGUUCCCCCUUCAACUCCUCGAAAGGUUCAUCUAUCAUCUCCUUCUACUAUAAAAGAGGUUCAAAAAGCAUCAACCCCAUUUGCCCCAAUCGUGGGUAAGGAAAAAGACAAAAACUUUAACACAUUUGAUUCCAUUGUAAAUUGUGUUGACACGGAAAGUAAAAAGAGUGAUAAUUUGUCAAGUAAUUUGCCAUCUUUAAAGAACAGCAACAAUAAUGAGAGUGUGGCGAAUAGUAUUAUCGAAGAGAGGAUAAAAGCCAAAGCUAAAACAUUGAGAGAUGAGAAGGAAAGAGAGGAAAUUCGUAAGCACUCUAAAAAUAGUCUCAUACUCUCAAAGAAAAAAGAUGACAUCAAAGGUGAAAGUUGUGAAAAAAAAGGAGAGGACAUCAAACUGCGUGCGGAAAUAGAAAUUUUAUGCCAACAAAACAGAAACAAUAUCUGCAAAGAAUGUAAAACAAUGCAAAAAAAUGAUACUGCUAAAUCUGAAUUUAAUGGUGAUAAUUGGCCAGAAAAUUAUGGCGAGAAAAAAGAAUUUUUUGAUUUGAAAGAGUUUAAAAAGAGACCUGUCCCCAAUUGGAAAGACAAAUUUCAAUUCACUGAACACAAAACUGAGUGUUCGGUGGAGAAGAAAAAUUUGCUAGAAUUGAUUUUCUCAAUGAGGCUUCAACCUCCUAAAAAGCCAAAGCUAUAUCAAACCAAAAUGGAGCCUACUUCAUAUAUUCUCUCAAAGAAAAAAAACCUUUUGAAUUUUGGAAGAAAAGAGAAACCAGUCAUCUCCUCAAACCAAGUAAAUUACUUCUCAAAACUUUAUGAUUUCUUUUGUUCUAUAGGGAAUGCGAAACCAGAAAAAAAAUUCAAUUUAAUAAAAGACAAUGUGGAAAUGAAUUGCAAAGAAAUAGAAGAAACUUCUGAUGUUGAUAAAGAUAAGAAAUGCAUAAAACAAGAAAAGAAGAAAUCUUUACAUUGUGUACAAACUAACCCAUCAUUGCUCGGAUUACUUACAAGUAUAAAAGCUAGUCAAAAAGAAUUUGCAAAAAGGAAGGAACUAACAGAAAAAAAUGCUGGUGGUAAGGAGUCAUCAACACCAAAUCAUAAAACUCAAUUAUCCACAAUUACUAACAUACCACCUCCCAUUUUUACAGUUGACCACCUUAAACUUUGUAAACAAAUAGAUGAUUUUGCUAAAACAAAGAUGGACAAACUCUCAAAAGUCUAUACUCCAAAGUACCCUCAUCUUCUUCAUGGCUCAUAUCCAGAGUCGAGUUUGUCCAAACUUACCUUGUUCAAAAAAUCCAUUAAAAACACCAUUCAAGUAGAGAACAACAUACUUAAUCAAAAUAAAAACCUAAACAAAAUAACAAAUGUGCCCAGUUACUCAGAGAAGAGCAAGUCAUACACUAUUAUUUCUCAACCAAGUACUAAUGAAAUGAAAUCACAGUUCGUAAAAAAAUUCGCAAUGUUUUCUCAGUUGCAUUCUCGAGGCUGUGAAGACUGUGAGCUGUGUAAAAUGAAAAUGAAAAAACUCCGUGAUCAAUUUAAUUAUAUAUAUGAUGAAACAAGAAGUAUUCAGUCAAAGCUUGUGUCAAAGUCAAAUAACAAAUAAAUUGAUUGUUCCCAAAA